AUGGCUAACGGAGGGAUAAUACAGGCACCACUAGACUCCCUAAAAAUUUGUAGAGGCAUUUGCAAUACCACUACUCUGAGGGCUUUACGUGAUUUGAUCGCUCAAAAUCAACCUCAAAUAGUCUUCUUAUGUGAGACAAAGAUCGGUCAGAUUGGGGAUUUUAAGGCCCUGCAUCGUGAAUUAGGGUUUGCGCACUACAAGGAGGUCCUGAGUGAUGGACAGUCUGGGGGUUUGGGUUUCUUUUGGACAGAGGAUAUUACGGUGCAAGUACUUACCUUCUCGUCACAUCAUAUAGAUUUAGAGGUUAGUUCUGGACCUGGUGAACCGCGUUGGAGGCUUACAGGCUUCUAUGGCUAUGCCAGAACUUGUGAGUGUGACCUGUCCUGGCAACUUAUUAGAGAUCUAUGUGAUUUUGAUUCUCUUCCUUGGGUCAUCAUUGGGGAUUUUAAUGAAAUUUUGAACAAUGAAGAGAAAACUGGAGGUCCAAUCCGUCCUGAAAGACAAAUGCGUGGCUUUAGGGAGGCCUUAAGUUAUAGUGAGUUGAUUGAUUUAGGGUUCCAGGGUGCUAAAAUGACUUGGUGGAACUCUGAGACUCAACUCCGGUUGGAUCGAGCGGUGGCUACGGCAAGUUGGAGUGAUGUUUUUGGAUUUUCUAGGGUUAAGCAUCUUUCUCCUAGUGAUUCUGAUCACACACCCAUAUUGCUUCAAGCUAGCAGUGUGCCGUUGCCAAAGAGACCAAGAAGACAUAGAUUCAAAUUUGAAUCUUUUUGGCUCCAGCAUGAGGAGUGUGAUCCUUUGGUGCUAGAGAAGUGGCAAACUGAUUUUGAAGGAGUCCCAAUGUUUGCUUUGACUAGAAAGAUCAUGUGUACAAGGCGUGCCCUGGAAUCUUGGCAGCAACAAACCUUCAGAUUUCGGCAGCAACAAAUGAUUGAAGUUCUAGGGCGAUUGGAAUUCUUGAUGGGAGAGCAAUUGACCGUGGAACUUCAUGAAGAAAAGAAAACUCUUAUCGCUUCACUACAAGACCUGUUAUCACCAGAAGAGGUAUUUUGGAAACAACCAGCUAAGGUAAUAUGGUUGCAAGAAGCUCUAGAUAGUGAGGCAGUGGAUCUCACUCUGGCUGCAAUCCAGCCUUGUGUUACUGCUGAGAUGAACAAACAAUUGUGUGAGCAAUACACAGAGGAGGAGGUGCGAUGUGCUUUAUUCCAAAUGUAUCCGACUAAGUCCCCUGGACCUGACGAGACUAUGGAGGAUUUGCGACUGAUUGCUCUUUGUAACGUAAUCUACAAGUUAUGUUCUAAGUGUAUUACCUCAGUAAGGUAUUCCUUUCUGGUCCGGGGUAAACCUAGAGGCUUUGUGAUUCCUUCUAGGGGUUUGAGGCAAAGUGAUCCUCUUUCCCCUUAUUUAUUUCUAUUUGGCGCGGAGAGCUUCUCUGCAUUGCUGCAACAGAAACAGCGUUUGGGAUUGCUUCCUGGUAUUGCUAUUUGCCAGAAUCCCCCGAGAGUGAAUCAUCUGUUAUUUGCAGAUGAUAGUAUGCUUUAUGCGCAACCUACCCCUGAGGCUUGCUUUCAUAUUAAAGAGGUGAUCAAAGUGUAUGGAAGAGCCUCUGGUCAAGUGGUGAAUUUCAACAAGAGUUCAGUUGCGUUUAGUAAAAAUGUUGGAGAGCCAACUCAAGGUUCAAUGGCUCAUUUGCUUGGUGUAGUGAUUGUGGAAUCACAUGAAAGGUAUCUUGGCUUGCCUACAUACGUGGGACGUAAGGAAACUGCUACAUUUGAAUAUAUCAAGGAGAGACUUGGGGAGAAGCUGAAACUUUGGCAAGGAAAAUUGCUCAGCGGUGAUGGGAAGGAUAUUUUAAUUCGAGUUGUCGCUCAGGCUCUUCCUAAUUAUGCUAUGAGUGUGUUCCAACUUACAAAAAAACUUUGUGAGAACCUUGAGCAAAUGUGUGCAAGGUUUUGGUGGGGAAGUUCCUCCGAUAAACGCAAAAUCCAUUGGAAGAAGUGGGAUGAUUUGUGUCAUGCUAAAGAAGUAGGUGGACUGGGGUUCAAAAGCUUAUCUGAAUUUAAUAUGUCUAUGCUUGCCAAGCAAGCUUGGAGGGUGGGGAUUGGACAUAAUGUUUCAGUAUGGAACGAUGCUUGGAUACCCAAGCUACCUUCUCAUAAACCUCAAGUUGCUUUAGUGAGUCAACCAGAUGUACAGACAGUGAAUGAACUGAUUAUACCUCCCAAUAAUUGGGAUGAGCACAAGGUACGCUCCAUCUUUGUUCCUGAUGAGGCUGCAGCUAUUCUUUCUAUUCCCUUGAGUAAUAGGCAACCUGAAGAUAGACUGACAUGGCAUUUGGAGAAAAAAUGUAUGUUUACUGUCAAAUCGGCUUACCAUUCUGCUUUUUCAAGAAAGGCUUCUACUCUUCCACCUUCUGUUGUUGCAAAUCAGAGAGUCUGGAAAAAAAUCUGGAAUGCUAAGAUGCCUAGUUCUGCUAAGGUCACUGCUUGGAAAAUUUGUCAUAACAUUUUGCCCACUAUGGAUCGAUUAGAUUCUAGACAUGUGGAAUUGGAGUCUCAAGUUUGCGUGUUGUGCAAUGUUGAAACUGAAACUAUUAUUCAUAUAUGUCGUAACUGUACUUUUACAAGGGAUGUUUUAGCUCUAAUGCCAGCAUAA